UUCUGGACUCUCACGAGUAUCAGCAUACUCAAAUCAGUCUUUUGAAUAGUUACCGACUCAAGAGAGCAGGUUAGAAGAGGAAAUUUCGAGAACGCGUGCCAGUUGAGGGCAAGUCUGGCUUUCUGCGCUCUGAAUCUCUGUGGGUUUCCGUACAGCCAGUACCUGCUGCAUAUCUCUGCCAUCAAGAUAUCAGUAUUUUCGUCGCAACAGAACAUUCAGUCUAGCUUCAUCCAUUCGUUUCUGUCCUUAAUCGAAAGCUCAAUGGCCUCCGCCGAAAGUUCAGGGUCUCUUCACAAGAGAUUAGGCAGUACUGCAGCACCUCCACAAGCCAAGCGUCAAGCACCACGUGCCUCAAAACCAGAACCUCAAUACGUGUACAUCGUCAUGGUAGAGUCUAUGCUUUCGUACGGCGAGUCUAGCUCGGACAUUCACGGCGUCUAUGCUUCCGUUCAAGAUGCCAACAAUUUUGUAAAGAAGUACGCCUAUGAAGAAUACACUCAAGCCGAGGAAGUUACUCGCGGGACCAAUAGCGAUGGGACGGUGUUCUGGUCUUCUGAGGAUGUGGGCGAAGGGGACAGAGCUGAGAUCAGGGUUCAAAUCAUGGAGGUGAAACCUGUUGGCUCGGAAAAAGAGCGAGAGUGGGUUGAUGGUGAAGAUGAUGGCGAGGAGGAUGAUGAAGAGCAAGAUGAAGAUUGAAUUUGUCUCCUUCCAUUUCGACUUUUUAAGUUAUCAUUUGCAAUUUGCAUUUUCUCUUUCGUCGCUGUUUGUACUUCAGAAGUUUUCAGUGAAGAACAAAAUAACAUAUCUUCUGUUAUAGCAUUUCACGUGCAAUUGCUCUUCCGUUACGAAUUUAUCUUUUCCAUUUUGAGGGCUUCAGCUUGGAGUCAAAUCAUCUUGCGUUGAUCAAAACAUCGUGCGGCUCUGAGACUUACUUUUAUUGGCAACCUGACAAGAGCAUG